AUGAUCACGGAUUCAUCAAGUCCAGCGGAGUUUUACGAGGAUAACGCUUCACUGCUGUCCUUGGACUCGAGUGUUUUCUUCAGUGAGCCUGCGCUUCCGACCAACGAUCCGCUCGAGUUCUUCAUUAUAAAUGUGGGAGGAAGCCGCUAUAUCCUCUCUCAGGAACUGUUGGCCUCUCAUCCAGAAACUCGUCUAGGAAAACUGGCCCUUUCCAGUCGAGACUGCUUAGAUCUGUGCGAUGAUGCCGAUUUCCUGGAAAAUGAGUACUUUUUUGACCGCAACUCACAGACCUUUCAGUACAUUAUGAACUUUUACAAAACAGGCCACUUGCAUGUGAGAGAGGAGUUGUGUGUGAUCUCGUUCCUUCAAGAAAUCGAGUACUGGGGCAUCGAUGAGCUCCGUAUUGACAGCUGUUGUCGGGACAAGUACUACCGCCGGAAGGAGAUGAAGGAGUCUUUGGAUAUUCGCAAAGAUGCUGAUGUCAUGGACAAGGAGGAGGAGGACUUCACUGGAGUUUUGUGCCAGGAUUUACGCCAGCGUCUAUGGGACAUCAUGGAGAAUCCGGAUUCCUCCAAGGCAGCCAAGACGUUUGGGACGCUCUCCAUGUUUUUCGUGGUGGUGUCCAUCGUGAACAUGGCUCUGAUCUCGCUGGACUUCUCUGUAAUUGGUGCACCCGUCAUCUUGGACAUUCUUGAGUAUAUUUGCAUCAUUUGGUUCACCGGAGAGCUGGUACUCAGGUUCUUGUGUGUUAGGGAUAAGUGUAAGUUCAGCAGGAGCGUGGUGAAUAUCAUUGACCUGCUGGCCAUUCUGCCCUUUUAUGUGACUCUGGCGGUGGAGAGCUUGCAUGGAGGAUCGACGGAGCUGGAAAACGUGGGACGGGUCGUUCAGGUGCUGCGGCUGAUGAGGUCGCUGAGAAUGCUGAAACUUGGACGACACUCCACAGGUCUUAAGUCUUUGGGCAUGACGAUCGCCCAGUGCUAUGAGGAAGUUGGUCUUCUGAUGCUGUUCCUAUCUGUGGGCAUCUCCAUCUUUGCUACACUGGAGUACGCUAUUGAACAUGACACGCCAGAAACCACCUUCACCAAUGUGCCCAGUGCCUGGUGGUGGGCCACUACAUCCAUGACCACGGUAGGGUAUGGGGACAUCCGUCCAGACACAGCUGUUGGGAAGGUGAUGGCCUUCAUCUGCAUCCUAUCAGGAAUCCUCAUCCUGGCACUGCCCAUCGCCAUCAUCAAUGACCGAUUCUCUGCCUGCUACUUCACUCUUAAAAUGAAGGAAGCUGCACUGAGGCAUGGGGAGGUGCUGAAGAGACUGACCCGCAGCUCAGCCUCAGAUAUGUCAGCGAUAGGGGUGAACUUGCGCGACGUCUAUGCCAGAAGUGUGCUGGAGAUGCUGCGGUUGCAGGGCCGAGAGCGAGCCAGUACACGCAGCAGUGCAGGAGAUCUCUGGUGGUAACAGUAGGUCUGCAGCAUGCUGGUGCAGAAAGAGAAACUGAGGUCUUUUACAAACCACUCUAAAGGCUCAUAUGACAAGGAAUCAAAAUUAGUUUAUUAAAAUAGGAAAUGAUAUCGCAA